CGUUAUCAUUGCCUUUUCUUCCCGACUUCAUACGAACGAUCGGAGACAUCAUCUUCAUCGUCACCGCGUUUGAAUCAGCCUUCGAUGUUCUUCUUCCCCUCCUCCAUUUGAAGAUCCAUCAUUCGAGGAGGAAGCUCCUUCUUUGCUGCCCUAGCAGAGGACACGACUACGGUAACGUCUCAGGGACUCUUCGAGGGGCUUCUUCUCUCGCUUUAGAGAGGUAAAGACGAAAAGGAGAAGAGUUUCAAUCUGGUCUUUAGAAGAGGAGGUUUGCGGAAGCUUGAGAUCGGAGGAUUUCUCAACUCUUGAUCUUUGUUUUCCUUCUUGUCUUUUCGAAAAUGGCCGACCUGCUUCAGUAUCCUAAAAGGCGAUUUGAUGUUUGAGAGGAACGGUGAUCCUCGAUUGUUAUGAAACCAUUUUAUCGAUGAACGUUACAGCAGAAAAUCUCAACUUUUCAUCAUUUUCUGUCCCCAAAAGCGAAGAUUCGUCUCGUAGAUGAACAAAUCCUUCUUAGGCACAGGAAUCGCUGCCAUUCUUUGGAAAUCACUGGAGACAGAAUGUUCGGAACCCUAGCGCAAAGAGAAGAACCCAAUGGGGUUGUCCCGCGAAGAAGAGCUUAUUGGAUAACCUGGGCCAUUUCUAAUCCGAGGCCGAGUGACAUCACCACCUCACUCCCCAAGAAGAAAGCAACUUUCUCUGUCAAAUUUGAAGACAUGUACGGGUUCACAGUCGAGGGGAACAUCGACGAUGUCAAUGUCCUUAAUGAGGUGAGGGAGAGGGUAAGGGAUCAGAGCCGGGUUUGGAUGGAUCUUGAGGCAAGCAAAGGUGCAGGCUGGUACCUGCAAACAAAUGAUGGGCGGAUGAGUGUCGUCUCGCUGAAGUUGUCAAAGCUUACCAACACAAUCACAUUGAAGAAUCUUGUCAGGAAGGGGAUUCCACCAACGCUGAGGCCAAAAGUGUGGCUUGCAGUCUCCGGGGCUGAGAAGAAGAGAUCCACAGUGCCCGAGAGUUACUACGAUGAUCUCACCAAGGCUACAGAAGGAAAAGUCACACCUGCUACGAAGCAAAUUGAUCAUGAUCUUCCACGAACUUUCCCCUCUCAUCCAUGGUUGGACAGCCCUGAAGGUCAGGCAUCUCUUAGGCGAGUCCUUGUUGGGUAUUCAUUUCGGGAUUCCGAUGUUGGUUAUUGCCAGGGACUAAAUUAUGUAGCUGCCCUACUUCUUCUAGUAAUGAAAACUGAGGAAGAUGCUUUUUGGAUGCUUGCUGUCCUAUUGGAAAAUGUGUUGGUUAGUGACUGUUAUACCGAUAACCUUUCUGGAUGUCAUGUAGAGCAGAGAGUGUUUAAAGAUCUUCUUGCAAAAAAGUGCCCGAGGAUUGCUGCUCAUUUGGAAGCUAUGAAAUUUGAUGUCUCUCUUGUAGCCACAGAAUGGUUCCUAUGCCUCUUUGCUAAAAGCUUACCUUCUGAGACAACUCUGAGGGUCUGGGAUGUCCUUUUUAAUGAGGGAGCGAAGGUUCUUUUUCAUGUUGCUCUGGCCAUCUUUAAGAUGGAGGAGGAAGAACUAUUACGUGCUCGUCAAAUCGGGGAAGUAAUAGAUAUGCUACAAACAACCACACAUCAUCAAUACAACCCUGAUGAAUUGUUGAUGGUGGCUUUUGAAAAGAUUGGUUCUAUGACUACCAACACAAUCACAAAGGAAAGGAAAAAACAAGAACCAGCAGUCAUGGCUGUUCUCGACGAGAGACUGAAACGACUCAAUACUUUGUGAGAUGGUUGAAUGCAUAUAACGGAGCCAGAUGGUCAAGAAGGCUUCCUUACAAUCAUAGAACACCAAGAUCUCAUUUCCGCUUGCUUUAGGAUUGUAACCAGCUUGAUUUUUGCCCCAUUCAAGUUAUCUAUAAGAAUAUUUUGUUCAUUUCUCAAAUGAAGUUCAAAUUGGAACUGAAAUUGGUGUUUCUUAGUAGGUCCUUGUAGGACUUGUACAGAUACUUAUUGAUCUCAA